AUGUUUUAUGGACCAAGUGGACCUUAUGCAUUUUUUGCUGGAAAGGAGGCUAGCAGAGCUCUCACAAAAAUGUCUUUUGAAGUGAAAGAUCUAACAGGGGAUAUAUCUUUUCUAGGUCCAUUCAAAUGCAAGGCUUUGCAGGACUGGGAAUUCAAGACUGGCAAGUCGAUAAAUUUUCUUCAUGUUUGUUAUAAGCAUCCUGGUUGGGCUGAUGCUGCAACAGAAGAUGCAACAGCUACUGGGAUGACAACAAGAAGAGGGUGCCUGGGGUACGGUGAAACAUCGAAACUGGUUCCCUUGAGACCUUGGUUGAUGAAGCAGCAAAGAAGAAAUUGCAAUUCGGACUUCCAAGAAAAGAAGAAAUUGUACCGUUUCCAUUUAAUGCCAUGUGGGACGAAGUUUCGCAAUGGUUGCUCCAUGCGGUUGCCUCCAGCAUAA